AAAGUUGAUACGGCUGUGUUAAAGAAGAGCUUUUCACAUGUGGAUUGGCUUCAGUUGCAAAUCAGACAAGCAAAUUAAACCACUUGAGAAAUUCUAUUGCUAAAUCCACCAUAGAAGUAGAAGUAAAUCCCCAUCUAUGGUUUUGAAGGACAGUCUCAACUAGUUAAGAAUCGCCUGCUGAGAAAUGAACUGUGGCUUCUCAUUGGUGCAGCCAAACUCAAUUUUCUAUCCGGUUUUUCUUUACAGCAUCUUUUACUCAAGAAAAAAAAGUGUUGAAAUAACAGGAUUCUUCUGCCCUCUUAAGUAAUUAACUGCCUUAAAUAUUUUUAAUCUGGAUCCGAGAUGAAACAAAUUCAGGCCUGAUUUCCAAGUUUGCAGGAUCCCAUUAAGAGAUCCUUCUGAAUACAAAUUGGAUAUUAGAAAUUGCACCCAAUGAGAAUUGCUUCUCCCAAGAUUAAAACCAGGUUUACAAGGCGGAUUGAGACUGCACCAAAAAGUUUAAAAGUGGAAACUAAAAGGCCAAAAAUUUAUGAAAAUUGUUUAUUAAUGCAGAAUCCUUGUUGGCUGGAAAGGAUUUUAUUGGACACAAGUUAUUGGUUGAAAAAUGCUCCUGGUAUAGAAUAGAAUUUAUUGGCCAAGUGUGAUUGGACACACAAGGAAUUUGUUUUGGUGCAUAGGCUCUCAGUGUACAUAGAAGAAAAAGGGGGGGGGAAAAGUACCGUAUAUAGUAUACUAUAAUAUAUAGUAUACGGUUGCAAUGAAGAAAAAAAUUACUGGGUGCCGUACUUCUAUUUAUUUACACGCCACCUUUUAUUAUUUUUAUAAAUCGAACAAGGUUGAAUGGCUCAAAAUCAGCCACGCAGCCUUUCCGGUCUCCCAUCUUCAGCAUCUUCCCUCCCGCUGGUAUCCUGCCAUCAAUCGCAAGGAAGGGGAAAUAAUUUUGGGGAGAAGCUGAUAGAAUAGAAUUUUUGAUUGGCCAAGCGUGAUUGGACACACAAGGAAUUUGCCUUUGGUGCAUAAGCUCUCGGAGUACAUCAAAGAAAAGAUCCCUUCAUCAAGGUACAAUAAUAAGACCCCGAGGGCUAAGCCUCCCCACACACACAAUGUGCCCACGCCAUACACAACUGGCCUGGGCGCGCGGGGGCCAGCAUCCCCACGACCUUCCUGGGAGCCUGGGUCUACCUGCGAGGGCCGUUGUGCGGAAGCCCCCCGAGCCACGCGGGGCAAAGACGGCGAGCUUUCCCCGGGGGCUUCCCAGGCUCCGGCCGGGUCGGAGAGCCAGCAGAGGGCGCGACAUGCGCGCCGCGUUUCCUCCGCGGGGCCGGGCCAAGUUUGAAAAAGUUCCCCGCCGGCGCCGGACGGGCUCCGGUGGCUGGAGCGAUGGCGGCCGGGCAGAUCCAACAGCUGAAGGUCCCAGAUCCAGCAGGGAUCCAGCAGAAACUGGAAUCCGAAAAAGAAUCCAUCCACCGGGCCAUCCAGAAAGAGCUGAAAAUCAAGGAAGGGGCUGAGAAUUUGCGGAAGGCAACCAAAGACAAGAAGAAUUUGGCCCAGGUGGAGACGGCCCUGAAAUCAUCCAGCCGGAAGUUGGAGCAGUUGCAUUGCCAGCUCCAAGCACUCCAAGGACGGAUUGUCACCGGGGAGCGAGACGGUGGCCAAUCAGAUGCAAACGGGUCACCCGAUCUCAAGCUUUGGGGAAAAGACCCCAACUACAUUUCAAAAAGGCUGGAGGCUUUGAAGAAACAGCUUCACAUUGAGCUGAAAGUGAAGCAGGGAGCCGAGAAGAUGCUCCAGGUCUAUUCCAGCACAGCAAAGGAGCGGAAACUCCUGGCGGCUGCUCAGCAAACAUUUCAGGACAGCAAGACGAAAAUUGAGCUGAUCCGUAUGGAGAUGCUGAAGCUGUCUCAGGCGACGGGUGCUCCAGGGGUAGCAGGCAGGGGGCCCGUCUUGCUUCUGGAGCUGCGUCUCGAAGAACUGAGGCAUCGUCUGCGGAUUGAAGCGGCGGUGGCGGAGGGAGCCAAAAACGUGGUGAAGAUCCUCGGCGGGCGGCGAGUGCAAGACCGGAAAAUGUUGGCAGAGGCUCAGGCUUGUCUGCAGGAAUCCUCCCAAAAGAUCGAUCUCUUUCGACUGGCUCUCGAGCAACUUCUGAGCCAGCUUUCUCCAGAUGACCCAAAACGGGGGCUGAUCAAGCAAGAGAUAAGAGACACCUUCUCCCUUGGGGCCCAAGAGUCGCCCCCCACUUCGAUCAGGCCCACGGCUCUCACAGGUAGCCUUCAAGUACGUUUGGUCGGCUGUGAAAACCUCUUGGAGAAGAUCUCGGGCCGUUCCCGUGUGGCCACUUCCUUGCCGGUUUCCAUGAGCCCUGGGGACUUCAAGUUCUUGAGUCGGACGUGGGUUGGGGUCAACAUCCCCGGCCGGGGGUCUGCGGGGAAGCUCCUUCGCCAGGAGGAACUCAGCAGAGAAGUCCUUGCAGUUCUCAAAGUUGACAACAAGGUUGUGGGUCAGACCAGCUGGGGCCCGGUUAGCAGGCAAGCUUGGAACCAGAGUUUCACGGUCGAGUUGGAGAGGUCUCGGGAGCUGGAGAUCUCGGUCUAUUGGCACGACUGGCGCCAACUCUGCGGGGUGGCCUUUCUGCGCCUGGACGGCUUCCUGGACAACGCCAGGCACCCCAUGGCGGUUUCCCUCGAACCCCAAGGGACGCUCUUCCUAGAGGUAACAUUCAGCCAGCCGGUCGUUGAGACCCACGCUAAGCUGCAACGCCAGAAGCGCAUUUUCCCCAAACAGAAAGGGAAAGAGUUUCUCCGAGCGUCUCAGAUGAACGUCAACAUUGCCACCUGGGGACGUUUGAUGAUGAGCCUUCUGCCCCCUUGCAGUUCCUUGAAUGCUUCGAGCCCCCCUUUCCGAGGGUCUCUGCAACCAGAUGUUGCUUCUGCAGCUGCUGCUGAGGACAUCCCCAGGCCUUUGGGGACCAGCACUUCCCCUCCGGUGAAGCUGAUCCAGAGAAAUCAGCCGCCCCCUAAGCCCCCCCGCCUCUUUCUGCCUCUUUCUCGCAAGGAAACCGUCCCGUCUCCAGCAGAUCUGGCGGACGAGAAGGCUCGCCUCCGCCAUGAAAAAAAAGGCAACUUGCCACAAACCAGCAUCAGGAGGACCGCUCUGCGGCUUGAAGACUUCUGUUGUAUGGCGGUGCUUGGGAGGGGCCAUUUUGGAAAGGUCUUGCUCGCCCGUCACAAGGCCACCCAAAAGCUCUUCGCCAUCAAAGCCUUGAAGAAGCAGGAGAUAAUCAGCCGGGAUGACCUGGACAGCUUGUAUUGUGAGAAACGUAUUUUUGAAGUCAUCCAUUCUUCCGGUCAUCCCUUCCUGGUCAACAUGUUUGCCUGUUUCCAGACUUUGAGUCAUGUAUGUUUUCUGAUGGAUUACGUUCCUGGCGGGGACCUCAUGAUGCACAUUAGCUUCAACAAUUUCUCGGAAGAUACAGCUCGGUUCUGCUCUGCCUGUGUUGUCUUAGGACUCCAGUUCUUACAUGAGAAGACCAUCAUUUACAGAGAUUUGAAAAUGGAUAACCUGCUCCUAGACGCUGAAGGAUUUGUGAAGAUCGGGGACUUUGGGCUCUGCAAGGAAGGUGUAGGUUUUGGAGACAGGACAAGCACCUUCUGCGGCACCCCAGAAUUCCUGGCUCCAGAAAUUUUGACGGAUCCAUCCUACACCCGGGCAGUGGACUGGUGGGGUCUUGGUGUGCUUAUUUUUGAGAUGCUGGUGGGAGAGUCUCCGUUCCCCGGUGACAACGAAGAAGAGAUGUUUGACAGCAUCAUCAGCGAAGAAGUCCGUUUCCCGCGAUUCCUCUCCGAGCUCAGCACUUCGCUUAUGCACAAGCUUCUCCAAAAGUGUCCCGAGCGACGUCUCGGAGCAGGAGCGAAAGACGCCGAGGAGAUCAAAAUCCAUCCGUUUUUCAAGGAGAUAAAUUGGGCUGCUCUGUUCGCACGGAAGCUCAAACCGCCUCUGGUGCCCAUCCUCAAAAGUGCUACCGACAUCAGCAACUUUGACAAGGAGUUCACGUCUCAAAAGCCCGUCCUCACACCUCUGGAGGACGCCCCCCCUCUCUCCAUCAAGGAACAAGCCCGGUUCAAGGAUUUCGACUUCCUUUCCAAACACCUCCUGGACGUCUGAGUUUGGGCCUGAUCCCUGCACUGCUGCUAAAGAUCCCCCCCCACCCCACUCCCUCAGCUGCUGCUCAGAACAAGCUUUAACAGAUCACGGUUUGGAGAAACCAACAUUUCCAAGCACUGUUGGUUUUUUUUACAUUUUUCCAGGCAACAAUUUUAAUCCUCUGACUCUGGCCCCAGGGACCGUCUAAGAACUGGUCAACUUCCAUCGGUUCCCCGCUAAUUCUGAAUUGUUGGGGACGUGGGGCCAACAAUUUACAGAGAAGAGAUUUUAUGCCGGAUAGUUGUGAGUCUUGAAAAGGAAUUAUGACUUUAUUGACAGCCUUCUGGAAGGCUGAUAAAAACUGUGCGUGCAAAAGUAAGCCCUGCAAUUUGGGGUUUGCUCUGAAAAUCCAUCAAAAAUCCAUUUUGCUGUAGGAUCCAGUAGACUUAAGAAACCAAUGGUCCAUUCAAGGACCGUCUCCUCCAUUAAGACAAGAUGAGAGCAUCCCAAAAGCAGGAUGAGGACUACGGUUGUGUGUUUGGGAACCUCGUCUCUUCUCCAACCCCUCAAAGAUUCUGUCUAGUGGGUCCAGAACCCUCCACGGAAAACCUAAUGCCAUUUUUAGACGUGUGUGACUGAAACCCAACACUCGACAUUGUUCCUUGUCUGCAUUUUAUGAUGAAACCUGGCUCUCCAAAAAUGUAGUUUUGCUUUAGGGUGUAGUUUGUACUAAGUAGGUCCCUUUAAAGCUUGGCAACUUUAAGAUGGGUGGAUUUCAACUCCCAGAAUUCCCCCCGAGACUGCUUUGCGAAUUCUGGGGGUUGAAAUCCACCCAUUUUAAAGUUGUCCAGGUUGAGAAAUAUUGACCUAGAGCAGAGGUCUCCAAUCUUGGCCUCUUUGAAGACUUGUGGACUUCAACUCCCAGAAUUCCCCAUCCACAAGUCUUACAAAUGGCCAAGUUUGGAGGCUUAUGAUUUAAAGGUCGAAGUAUUUGACCCACUUGGGGUCUCUUGGCCUCGCCUGCAACCUCCCAGCCCCAGAGGGUGGAAAUUUGCUCCCCCAUCCCGUUGGGUCCCACAGCUGGAAACUCUGCACAUCUGGCUGAGCUGUCUCUGUCCAUAUUGGACCUCCCGUUAGGCAGGCGGCGGAAUGAUCGGCAGGCAGAACGCACGCUCUGAUCAGCAUGGAAUUCGAACUCUAUCCUCCCACCGGACGACUGCAAGAAAUGUCCAGUGUUGCUUGCAAACAAAGUCUCCGUUCUUCCCGUGGCUUUGGAAACAAAGCCAGCCCUUUUCCUUGUUCCCAGACUCAGCUCAGGGCACACAAUGCGCCUCUUUCAAGACGGUCCCUCCGUCAGGCCUCAGCUGCCUCGGUUUCCCCAUCUGCUUCGCCUCUGGAGAUGUCACUUUGGGGAGCCAUUGAGUGAAUUUAUGAGAAUACUAUUUUUUCUUCUUCCUCUCCUCACCAGGAAUGGGGUGCAAAUGCCCUCCUGUUCGGAGGGAGGAGCGGGAGAGAGAAGAAACGCGAUGCAAAAUGCUUGUCGCCUUUCCGCCAUUCACUGUGAUGAUUGAAUUAAUUUAAAAUUAAACUCAUUUCAAUAAGAAAAGAAAAGCAUGUUUUCUAAGAUGGGGAAAUCCUGCUAGCGUGAUUGAGCAACUGCAAGAGGCAGGAAAGUUUCAUUUUUUUUCCCCCAGUUGCAAAUCCAUGUGCUGGGCUACCUGGUGUCUCCAGUCCUGCUGUGGAUGAUAGGAAUUGUAGUAUGACGUACCUGGGAGCAUGUGGUGAUGCCGAAGAGCUCCGUGCGAGUUUGGUACGACAGAAAUGAUUUCCAUAGUAGCCUUCAACUCACUGUUCGGAACAGGAUUUCUCUUGCUAAGCAGCAACAGAACUGAGUCAACUGAGUCACACCGGCUUGGAUGAGCCUUUUUGCCACGGUCACUAAGCGAAUCACUGCAGUCAAGUGAAUCAUGUAGUUGUUAAGUAAACCCCAUUAAAAAUACAAUGGGAAAAAUUUCUCAGGGAACAGUUCUGAAUUCAGUGAAACACCUGUGAAUUUUUCCCAUCGUAUCCUACCAGCUCUGAAA